UUAAUUGCAGCGGGCUGAAGCUGCACACUGGCCGCAUUGAUCCAGCUCGCGUCCGCCCACCUCAGGUCUGCAAGUCCCGAUUAAUCCUCUCCAGGACUCAGUCGCUCAGUAACUGAGAGAAAGAUUGUGUUUUCUGAAUUCCCCCCCUCGGGCUGUGUUGGAUUCGGUGUCUGUUUGUGCGCACCGAGCAUGGAGCCGCACCGCCUCCGGAGGCUCUUCUCCGCCUGCGACCUGAACGGGUCCGGCCGGAUCGAGUACGAGGACUUCACGGCGGUGUGCGGGGAGCUCGGCGUCCCCGAGACCGACACCCGGGCGCUCUUCGACAGGUUCGACGCGCACAAGGACGGAUACAUCGACUUCGAGGCGUUCGCGUCCAUGUUCGAGGAGGUUUCCGGGACGCUGGAUCUGGCGGCGCUCGGCGCCGGGGCUGCCCAGACCCCCUGCUGCGGCCCCGGGGAAGAGUUUGUGGGGAGGGUGGACGCUCAGUUUCUGCUUUCUGAAAGCCUCCGGGAGCAGCUGUUGGACCUUCACCAGGCCAUCCGCUCCUCUGGAAACGCGGCGGUGCUGGAGUUGUAUGAAGACAUGAUUCAGUCCCUCAUCGCUCAGAGCCUGGACAACAGGCAGACGUGCGAACAGCUGGAGACCAGCUUGAAGCGAGUCGAGGAGAUGAACAACAGUCAGCUGGCAGAGCUGGAGGACGACAUGCAGCAGGAGCUCUGUGCGACGGAGGAGAGGGUGAGAGCCCAGGAGCACAGGAAGAUGGAGGGAAUUAUGGAGUCCAUGCAGAGGAAGCAUGAGGACGAGGUCGCAGACCUGCAGGCCGCGCUGGACGGACUCUUCAAGGAUCUAAAAGACUUGCAACAAAAUACUUCAAAGGAUGAAGUGAUGAGGCUGAAGAAAGACAUUGGCGAUCUCUCACAGAUGAACAAGCUGCUGCGCGACUCCCUGCUUCUCGCCCAGACGAACAUGUCCGUCCUGCAGGCGGAGCUGGACAAGCUGAAGAACAUGUACGCCGAGCAGAUGGCUCAGCGCGACAGGGAAGCUGAAGAGUUGAGGAGGAUGGUUUUGGAAUUUCAGUCUUACUCCAGACAGAUUCGGAGCCUCCAAGAAAUGAACCAGAGGCUGUACGACAGUAAUGACGGCCUGCGCUCGGCGCUGGCCAGUGAAAUGGUCGCAGCUAAACGCAGGCAGCCGUCUCCCCAAAGCGAAAUCCCAGCCCGGAGAAUGAAGCCCCUCCGACAGAGCACGCUCAUCCACAGCAGCUCUGAGCAUGAUCGAAGGACGGCGACCUUCUCCCGCGUGGCCACCUGGGCCGAUAAGUACCUGGACAGCGGGGUCUUCCCGCCGAUGGACACGGCCGAGAGCUCCGGCAGCGACUACGACUACGACAGCGACGACAGCAGCAGCUCGGUGGAGACGGUGCACCACAGCUACUCGUAUGUCCCGUCUGAUGUGGAGGUAUCAGAGGUGAAAUCUGAGGCGGCGGUGUCGGUGGCUCCGAGCCGGACCAGCUCCAUCACUUCAUCCCUCCGCAGACGUCUGUCUGCCUUCUCCACAAAGCCAGUAGAAGCAGACAUGGAGGACGCUGAGGAAGACCCGCAGGUUUACCGCCUGGUCCUCGCCGGAGACGCCGGGUCCGGGAAGUCCAGCUUCCUGCUGAGACUGACGCUCAAUGAGUUCAGAGGAGAUAUUUCCACAACACUGGGGGUGGAUUUCCAGAUGAAGAAGAUGCUGGUGGACGGGGAGAAGACCAGCCUGCAGAUAUGGGACACAGCUGGCCAGGAGAGGUUUCGUAGUAUCGCCCGGUCCUACUUCCGUAAAGCUCACGGCGUCCUGCUGCUGUACGACGUUGGAUCAGAAAGCAGCUUCCUUAACGUCAGAGCGUGGGUGGAUCAGAUCCAGGACUCAACAGAGGAGAAAAUCCCCAUGUGUGUUAUUGGAAACAAGGUGGACCUCCGGGAGGAGCUUCCAGAGGGACGCUGCGUGAGCAGCUUGCAAGGCGAGAAGCUGGCUCAGGUCUACGGCGCCCUGUUCUGUGAAACCAGCGCCAAAGAGGGGACCAACGUCGUCGAAGCAGUGCUACAUCUGGCGAGAGAAGUGAAGAAACGCGUCCCACUGAGGCAGAACUCCAACUCUCAGGUCCGACUGAAUCCAGACAGCCAGAAGAAGACUCCGAACAGCUGCUGCGGACUGUAGAACACCGAGAUACCGACACAAAGAGCAAUGAAGGAUCUCUACUGUGCUGCCAUUUUUAUUUCAUGACAAAAACAGACAUUUGUAGUGCAAGAUUUUUUUUUUACAUUUUUUUUGAAUAUUUAAUCCUCAAACUUUUAAGGACAAUUUUAUAAAUGUUUGUCAAAGUUUUUAUAGAUGGAAAAAUGCACAUGUACAAAUAUAAAUAAACUUUUCAAUAAACAUA